UAUUUUAACACUAUGUGGGAUCCAGUGAUUCGGCUCUUCCUAAUCAGUCCUGAUUGGAUUGAAUUACGAAACACUCGCAGUGAUUACUCGGACCGGAUUGCAACAGGCCUCGAAUGAGUUGUUUUUUGUAGGACAAUUAAAUAAUAACAACGAAUUUUUUAAUUAUGAAUGGAAUUAAUGUACGCCGAGCAGUACGAAAUGACUGUGAAGGAAUAAGAAAAUUAAUUCAGGAGCUUGCAGAUUUUGAAAAUAUGUCUGAUGGUCCAAAAAUCGGAGCAGACAUCUUAGAAAAGGACGGGUUUGGUGAUCAUCCCCUUUUUUCCUGUUUCGUAGCUGAGAAAAAUGAAAAAUUAAUAGGUUAUGGAUUGGUUUAUUUUAUUUAUUCAACUUGGGACGGGAAAUCUAUGUUCCUUGAGGAUUUAUAUGUGAUUCCUGACGAGCGAAGGCACGGAAUUGGUUCUCUACUCUUCGAUGCAGUCAUUCAAGAAGCUGCAGCCACGAAUUGUUGUCGAUUAGAUUUCAUGGUAUUGAAGUGGAACCCAGCGGCGAAUUUUUACAAGCAGAAGGGAGCAGUUGACAUCACAGAAAAAGAAGACUGGCAUCAUUAUCGAUUGGAUGUAAAUGCUAGUAAAGAAAGUUAAAAAAUUAUGUGUAUUCAUAAAUAAACUGAAUUAAUUUCAGAACCAUCGAAAUUCAA